ACUCACGUGUCGAACAAACAGUAACCUCUUAGCCGUAGACUUAUAACGAUGGCUCUUUGUCGUCUUCGAAGAAAUUCAUUUUAAAUCUUUUAUAGUUUCCAGUAAGAAAUAGAUCAAAAUUUUAAUAGUGGCUUUUCGACAGAACAUCUUUUUUAUUUAUUAUACUUUUCAAAAUGUCUUGGUCAUACACGCGACGUCUCAUAUACGGUUCCUUGAUUACGCCAUGGAAAUAUUUUGAUUUUCAUAUGAUUUCCGUCACGUUAAUCAUUUUGAUCGGGGUUUGGCUGGCAAAAGUAAUUUUGGAAUGGCGAAAUCGAAGAAUCAGACUCAUAGAAUUUUCGAAAAAACUACCAGGACCGCCAACCUUGCCAUUAAUCGGGAAUGCAUUGGCAUUUGCAUGUAGCUCGACCGAAACAUUAAAUGUAGUAACAAGUUUGUGCAAUUACGGUCCCAUAUUUCGAGUUUGGAUGGGACCGAAACUCUUCGUUGCUAUAACGGAUCCUCGAGAUUACGAGGUAAUUCUUACGAGUCCGAAAGCAUCGCACAAGGGUGCCUUUUAUCGUUUUAUGAAACCCUUCAUCGGCGAAGGUCUUGUGAGCGGUUCAGGGCCAACGCACAGAACUCAUCGUAAAAUCAUCAUGCCUAUGUUAAACGUAAGGGUUCUGGAAGUGUUCAUACAGUAUUUUAACGAACACAGCAAAUACUGUGCAAAUCAGCUCGAAGAGAUGGUAGAUACCGGAGAAUUUGAUAUUUUGCCAUUUACCGCACACUGUGCAGCCGACAUAACACUGGAAACCGUAAUGGGUAUACCUGGUACAGUACAAAGGGGUGGAUACAAACAAUUGAUGCAUUGGGCCGAAAGAAUGUACGAAGUCAUUCAUACGAGAAUAAUGAAAGUCUGGCUGCAUCCCGAAUGGAUCUAUUCAUGGACAGAGUACAGAGCGCAAGAGAAAAUAGGACAAAAUGUAAUUCAAGGUUUUACAGAAUCUGCGAUAGAACGUAAGAAAAAGGAGCACUAUGCUUUGGAGCGUGGCGCAUUGAUAUCCAAUAGGCCCAGAACGAUGAUCUUGGAACAGCUGAUAACCUACGUGGAAAAUACCCACGUGAUGAACGACGAGGAACUGCGAGACGAGAUAUACACCGUAUUUACUGCUGCACAAGACACGACGGGCUUGGUCAGCGCGUUUGCACUACUCUUACUGGGCAUGCACAGCGACACACAGGACAAAGUGCGAGCAGAGUUGAAGGACGUUGUGGGAACGAAGGAUAUUACUAUGGAAAUGAUUCCAGAAUUGAAGUAUCUCGAAAUGGUAAUAAAAGAGACGCUACGUUUGUUCCCUAUAGCUCCAAUGUUCGUGAGAGAACUCACGGGCGACGUUGAACUUGAAUCGUGCACGCUUCCGAAAGGCUGUUCCGUGGCGAUGGUCCCGUUCGUGACGCAUCGAAGUCCAAAAUAUUGGAUGGAACCGGAAAAAUUUAUACCGGAACGAUUUUUGCCCGAGAAUUCGCAAAAUCGGCAUCACUAUAGCUUCGUGCCAUUCAGUGCCGGUACCAGAAGCUGCAUCGGUCAAAAAUACGCAAUUAUGAGUAUGAAAAUUAUUAUUGGCACUAUUGUCAGAAAAUAUCAAAUAACAGCGAAAGGCUCGAUGGAGACGAUCCGAUUGAAAACUGAUAUAUCGGUUCGAUCGGUCGAUGGAUAUAAAGUAUCGAUAACUCGUACCACCUGAAGUUAUCUGAAUCGACUAUAUCCGAGAGUCGUACAUGUAUAUUUCUUAUGUUUUUCAAUAUAAAUAUAUUUGACGUUGACAGAU